AAUUUCAUUUAACAAAGUGGUGCGCGCAGACGGGGCGCUGGACUCGAGGCAAAUAACACAUACCUAGUAACCGAUUGUGAUAGCUGUUAAAAAUAGAAUUCCGGACGUAGUCUGAAUUUGACCCGAGCAAAAUUGUUAACGUUCAUAUAAAAGGCAAAAACGUAAAUUCCGUUACAAAAAUAUUCUUUGGCUUGCUUUCUCCUCUUUCGUUCGUUGUUGAGUGUGUGCGUGCGUGUCAAUUUUACAGUGCAAAAGCUCCAAUUUAUUGUAUGAGUCAAAAAACUGAAAGACCAGUGCUAUCGGGUCAACGCAUCAAGACCAGAAAAAGAGAUGAAAGAGAAAAAUAUGACCCAACGGGAUUCCGUGAUGCGGUCAUUGCUGGUCUCGAAAAAACUGAAGGCGACCUGGAACAAAUCUCUAAAUAUCUAGACAGCGCGGGCAACAAGCUCGACUAUCGUCGAUACGGUGAAGUACUCUUCGAUAUAUUGAUUGCAGGAGGUCUACUAGUGCCUGGCGGUUCCAUAUCUCAGGAUGGCGAAAAGCCGCGCACAAACUACUGCAUCUUCGAUGCUCCCGAGAGCAUGGAGGCCAUGCGCAACCAUGAGCAGGUAUUUGUUAAGCUCAUCAGACGGUACAAGUACCUUGAGAAAAUGUUCGAAGAGGAGAUGGGGAAAGUUCUAUUAUUCGUAAAGGGCUUUACUCCAAGUGAACGCAUCAAGCUUGCGCGUAUGACUGCGCUCUGGUUAGUUAACGGCUCUGUACCGCCAAAUGUCUUACUGGUACUAAACAACGAGCACCUGAUCAAGGAUGGCAUUGCUCUGGAGUUUCUACUAGAGCUGUUUCAGACGUUCAAGCAAGAGAAAGGCAUUGCAUAUCUGAUUCAGGCGCUUAAGAAGGGUGGACUGGAAAGCAAACUUAUGGACUUUUUCCCACCGAACAAACGUACUGAGGAAUAUUUUAAACAAGUUUUUCUUGAUAAAGAACUCAACGAGAUCAUCAAGUUGCAUAAGGCUCAGGCUAGCCAAGAGGCAAAGCGCGAGUUGCAGCAGGCGCUCAUCGAUGAUAUCAACGAUGAGAAGCCACACAAUGAGAUAACCUCAGACAUUAAGGAAUUCUCUCAACGCACCAACAUUCCCGAUCAUGAAAUAAUUGUCAUUAUUUGGUCCACCAUCAUGUCAUUGGGCGAAUGGAACAAGAAGGAGGAGCUGGUUACCGAUCAGGCUGUUCGUCACCUAAAGACCUACUGCACAUUGUUGCAGGCUUUUGCCUCGACCGACCGUUCGGAGUUGGCCUUAAUCCUGAAGGUGCAGGAGUUCUGCUACGAGAACAUGAACUUUAUGAAGGCCUUCCAAAAGAUCAUUUUGUUGUUCUACAAGACCGAGGUCCUGUCCGAGGAGAUCAUCUUGCGCUGGUACAAGGACGGUCACUCCAACAAGGGCAAAAUGCAUUUCCUCGAACAAAUGCGCAAGUUUGUCGAAUGGCUCCAGUCAGCCGAAGAAGAAUCGGAAUCUGAGGAUGAACAAAAGAAUGGCGAGUAACACGUCGACUUAUGGCUAAAAGAAAAGGAACAACACAAUCGGAGCCGCCCUUUACCCUCAACAUCCGAUAGCACCGGAACCAGCAUGUGCAACAGCCAGUCGAACUAUAUAUGCAAUCCACCCCCAUGAAUAACGUCAUUCUGAGAAACUCCACCUAUAUAACACCCAAAAAAAAUUCAAACAAUAAAGGAGAGAGUAAAACAAACCGUCAUCCUAGAAAUUCACUGUCCGAUAGCUUAGAUUUCAAACUGCUUUCUAUGUAUCAAUCCAAAAUUCACAUUCAGUUCCCGUUUAAAGUCAAUAUACCCAAGAUGAACAGAUAAUAACAAAAUAAUUAAAAUGUGUUAAUAAAAGUUUAAAGUUUAACAAGUACCAAAAAAAACAUCUGAAACGAAGUCAACGCUCGAAACGAAUAAAUUAACUUCAUACAGGAAA